AUGGGAGCAUUUCCUGUCACAUUCACUCUCAACAACCUCAAAGAGAUCUACAAUCUAAUGAAAAAAGUAGCUGAUCCUCAACAGGUCCCUUGUGACAACUGUACUGAAGCUAAUACCACUGGAUACUGUAAAGACUGCAGAAAGUUCAUGUGUGCUGAAUGUAUCAAUAUGCACGAGAGAUGGGUUGACUUUUCUAACCAUCAGCUAACAAAUCUAAAUGAGGUGACAGCCUCUAUUUUUUCUACUUCUCAAUUGCUAGCUCCAGCUAAACAGGAGUAUUGUCCGAUACCAGGUCAUGAUGAGCUUUUAAAGAUUUACUGUGAAACAUGUGAUAGUGUUAUAUGUCAUGACUGUACUGUGCGUACUCAUAAAAACCACGACUAUGACUUAGUCUCUGCAAGUUUUACUAAACACUGUCAAGAAUUGAAAGGCUCUCUUAAUCCAUUAAAAGAAAAAGUUGAAGCACUCAAAAAGGUCGUUUCUGCUUUAGCAGAGAGAGAGAACGAGAUCAGAGAGAGGGGAAAAGAAGUCUUAGAAGAUAUACAUGUAAUGGUUGAGGAUAUGAUAAAUGUUCUCUAUCAGUCAGAGCAAAAACUGACUGAGCAAGCAAAGAGGAUAACUAAUGAUAAGCUCACAAGGCUUUCAGAACAGAUGAAGUCAGCAAAAUUGAGUUUGAGUCUGCUGGAGGAUGUUAACGAUUAUGUGGAACAGAGUGUGAAGACAGGCAGUCCUCAACAAGUUCUAAGGUCUAAGAAACAGAUGAUAGAGCGCAUGAAUGAAGUUGCACAGAUUAAUGUGGAAAAGCUGCAUCCACAGGAAAAAGCUGACUUUAUAUUAAGUGAAGAUAUCAAAUCGCUAUAUCACAUUGGAAAUAUUAUUUCAGGCACUCCUGCAUUACACCAGUGUAGAGUGAAAAAAAUUGAUUAUAUUACACCUACUGGCAAAGCAGUUUCAUUUUCACUGUCAAUGGAGGCACCAGAUUCAUCUCUUUUGUCUGUUCCCCUUUCGUCUCUCCAGUGUAGUUUAGUACCAAUUGUCAUCCCUUUCAAUCCUUACCUUGAUAGCAAUACUCCAGUACGUACUAUACUGAAGCUUAACCGUCCCUAUGGAAUUGCUAUAAGUGAUGAUAAUCAUGUUAUAAUAACUGAGUAUUAUAGUGACUGUGUCACAAUAUUGGAUAGGCAAGGAAAAAAAGUGAAAUCAUUAGGAGGAGAAGGGGGAAAAGGUGACGUUAAGUUUUCCGCUCCUAGAGGUCUAGCUAUUACUCCAGACAAAUUCAUUCUCGUGUCAGACAGGUCAGCUAAUGGACAGUUCAAGGCUCCACGUGGUAUUGCUGUUGACAGUCAAGGAUUAGUGUAUGUAACUGAUGCUAAUAAUCAUCGCAUUCAGAAGUUCUCUCCUGAUGGAAAGUUUGUGGGUCAUUUUGGUUCUAAAGGAUCUGGUCCUGGGCAGCUUAAUAAGCCAAAUGGCAUAGCAAUAGACACUGCAGCUACUGGUCUAGUGUAUGUUAGUGAAUGGAGCAACAAUUGUCUGUCAGUAUUUACUAGAGAGGGGGUUUUUAUUUGUAGGUUUGGAAAAGGAGGCAGUGACAUUGAUCAGUUUAGAGAUCCUAUUGGAUUAACAUUUGAUAAAAAUGGAUUUUUAUAUGUUUGUGAUAAUGGCAAUAACCGAAUUGUUGUUUAUUAA